AUGGCUGUGAUGGCUUCGAGGGAGGUAGUUCAGAACGGAGCCGCUGUGAAACGCUCAGCGCGAGCCCUGGAGUCCUCGGAUCCUAACGAAGUGCCUGCCUGCCUAAAGAAGUUGGUGCGCACGAUUGUACGCAGUUUCUACUCUCGAGAACACUCGCUGAUAAUGGAUCUCCUGGUAAGCACGCGGCAAAAGUCGUCUUCUUUUCGAACUUUAACUCAUCGCUCCACUUCUCCCUAAACGCUGUUUAUUUCCUCUGAGUGGGUGACUUUACCCAAGUGUUCUUAGACUCACGGCCCUCGGUCGGCACCAUGUAACUCAGGUGAUUAGAUCUCUGACCGUGCUCAAGCCCUGUUGUCAUUGGUUCACAUUCCAUUGAGGCCGCCGAGUUGUGCUCACAAUUAAGUUGUGUACAUUAUUCAGACCUGCCGAACCGCCUGUUCAUUCAGCUUUUACCCUAAUCUUAACUGCUUUCAGGUUCGAAACACCAUAAUGAAGGAGGAUGACCUCUGUGAGAGAUUGCGCUUUGAAAAGAAGCAGUUGCGCCAGUAUCUGCACACCCUGAAGACUGACCAAUUCAUCAAGUCAAAGCUGCAGCUGGAGACGGAUGCAGACGGGAAAACGGCCAAAAUCAUCCAUUACUUCAUCGACUACAAGGUAGGUGCGCAGUGCAUGUAGAUGUGUACGUGUGUCUGUCCGCUGCGGGUCAAAUUUCGCGCUGAGUCGCGUCCAUCCAAUCCCACCGGAUCUGGAAGUGUGGGCUGGGUGACUAGGUGGGCUAGGUCUGAUGUUGACCCGACUUAGUCAAGGUCUGCUCUUUUGACGAAAAUGUAAGAAGUAUAGUUCUUGCGUCGAAUAAGAGGAUCACCGGGGGGGGGGGGCGUUGGUGACUUGUCUGGGGUCAGAACUAGUCGAUCGUUCUUUCCCGACACCCAGCGCAUUUCAGUGGGAAGACGAGGUCAGGUCAAGACUGGUGGUAGGCUUGGGCGUGGUGCGCGACUGAGGACUAGUGCGGCUGCGAUCAUGCCUCAUCUGACCGGCUUCGAUGGUGUCGUCUAUUGUACCUCUCCACGCGUGAACAUUUGCGGUAGCUGGUCUGGACAGCUCGGCUCAUUCUCUUCGCUUGCAACGGAUACUGACUAUCGAAGAUCCAAGGACCACUUCCACUUCAUGGCAAACUGUGUCGAGCCAGGUCUUGAAUUGACGGCCCUUUCGACGCCUUCAGACGGUCAACGGCGCUGGAUUGAGGGCAGUAACACUGAACUCGCGAAGCGGACCACCUCACUCGUCCUCAGGGAUGGUCUGAGACAUCCUCGCGAUAUUGUUUCAGCGAGCGCGGACUGACCCAUUUGAGAAGAAUUCAGUGUACUUCACUCAAAGGAUGGUCCUCAGACAGUGAUGGCCAAACACCAGUUUUCGCUAAUCUACGCGCACAACCUAGCAUUACAACCGUACACGUCGGGUCUAUAGGCACUUUUUAAGGAUUUAGAAAACCCUGCGAGCAGUAUCAAUACAGGAACCAAUGUUGUCCUUACUUUGUUCAGUGGACAACAGCCUCUCCCCGAGGUAUUUAAAACUGUCUACUUCUUCAAGUUGACAGCCGUUAAUCCCGAGGGAUGCCCUCACCUCGUCAGGAAUUCAGCUCGAAAACAAUCUGGUCUUUUCAACGUUUGUGGAUAAACUGACCAAAGUAACGAUUUCAUUCACCCAUGAAACCACAGACCGUAGGCUACCAAGGCGAUAUCGUCAGUGGUGGAGAUCAGUCAGCCGGCGUCCGGGUGCAAACUCAACACCGUAAAAACCGUGUACGGUUCUUGCGUAGUUGAGCAGAAUGGGCCACAGGAUGCAACCUUGUUUAACACCAGAUCAGAUAUCUAACGCUUGAGAGAGAUUGCUAUGGAUGAGAACUCGCACGGUGGUGGAGCGAUAGUAAGCCUUGAUCAUAGCGAUGAUUUUGCUUAGCACACCAUAUAGUUCCAUUGUUCGUCGCAGAGACUAUAGACGGAAUCGAACGUAGCGACGAAGUCUAUAAAGCAGACGGCCGUCUGUUGUUGGUAGCUAUGGUGGAAUUCAAGAAUGUGCCGCAGUGCGAAUAUCUGGUCCGCGCAUGCACGGCCAGCUUGGAGUCUGGUUUGGUUGGGCCUCGUCCUAGAGUCACGCACAGCCUGGGAUCGUCUGAGGACAACUGCGAAGACCUUCGCAGCAACCUCAAUGAGGUUUAUACCACAGCAGUUCUCGCAUUUUGUCUUAUCACCCUUCUUGAAGACAGGCACAAGGAUGCCCGGACCCCAGUCAUUAGGGACUACUUCUUCUCUCCACGCUUGUGCAGUUACCUCAUGGAGCCAGGGCCUCAUAAAUGCCGACACAAGACUUGUAAAUCUCAGCGGGAGUACCGUCCUCUCUGGUCGUAAUGCUGUAGUUGGACGUUUUCAUGAGGUUUCAUAGGGAUUUUGAGUACAAGUGGGUCCCCAACAGCUGUUCAGGUCACUUGUUUGGAGUAGUUUCCGCUAGCUUUAUGGCUUAAAAUCCUAGACAAAAAGCACUGGUGACAAGCAAACUCAUUUUAUGGCGGUUCACGGUCACCAUGUCGCAGUGCCGUCAUCGGGCUUUGCGGCGUCAUAUUAGGCAAUCGGCACGCCUGAUCCCAGCAUUGUCUCUGCUGGUCCGCGACUGCUUAUUCGCCGGACCCGAAGAUCUUCAUAGUUCGCAGCUUAGCCUUGUGCGUAAACAGUCGUGGCCUGGGGGGUUGCCAACCGACGGGAUAUCUCAGAAUAAGAUAUAACAAGGGUCAGACUGCUUUUGUGGCAGUCUCACUCACUUUAUAUGUGAGAUCCUUCACUGAACUCUGAUUCGUGUGAAUUUUUGUUGUUAUUAGGGGGUUUUAAUGCACUCAGCCGUGUCACAAUUACAAUACAAAACGUAGAGGAAUGAGAUCACAAGCGCAGUCUUCAUUGGAACAUGGAGUUUGCCCCUGCUUUCACAUUACCGUCAUCGGGCUUUGCGGCGUAUUAUAAGGCAAUCGGCAUGCGACUGCUUAUUCGCCAGACCCGAAGGCCUUCUUAGUUCGCAGCUAGUCUUCGCUUAAGGCUGUUCCACUAUCCGCCAUCUGUGCACGCGCCGUGUAACCAGCAGCUGUGCCUCAAGUUGUGAUUCCUUUAGACUCUUGUCCUUGGUUCAACAAAAAUGUGAUGCACAUAAACUUCCGUUAGGAAUCACUUAAAUACUCCAACUGCCUCAAGUUUGAAACUGUUAAGGCUACUGACUGAAUUUAAGUAGCUGGUUUAUCUUCACUAUAAUUUUGCCCACGACUCUGAUUUUAGUCAAACCCGCUAGGCUAGUGGGUAACCCGUCUUCCCGGAAGUUGUGUGCAUUUAGAUGGACCAUUCACAAGAUUACUCGCAGUUGCUGCAUAUCCCUUAUACUACAAACUCAUGCCCUUUUAUUCUUCAACCUCUUAGCUCUUUGUCAAUGUGGUGAAGUACCGACUGGACCAAAUGCAACGACGCCUGGAUGCUGAACAACGCCAAACCACAAGUCGGGCGCUCUUCAAGUGUCUCAGCUGUAACAGCAGCUACACCGAUCUCGAAGUGGACAGACUCUUCGACUUCACGGUGGGCAAGUUGGUGUGUGUGUACUGUCGGGCCGAUGUACAGGAGGAGGAGGACAAUGCCCAGCGCUCGGACGCGCGUGCUUUGGUUGCAAAGUUUCAUCAGCAAGUGAGUGGCAUCUUCAGGCAGCGCUUGAGGAACUGCACCACUGCCUCUCUUACGUGCUCUUGAUCAUGCUAACCUGACUGCAUAUCGUCCGCAGCAUUUGACCGUUAUCGUGGGGAUUUUUUAGUUUCCAUUUAUGUCAUACCUUUCCCUUCUUCUGCUCUCGUUAAAGAGAGCUCGACGUAGAGUUGACUCCUAUAUAGGUGCCGUCUUCAUGUCGAGGCUUUUACUGGGCAUUAGGUUAGCGCACAGUAUGUUCGCGUGUUCGUCUUUUGCCACAAUUACCACGAUUAGGCCUCGCACUGACCUAUGUCUCUGAGCCGGAACAGCUCGGCACCUGAGGGCUCUGUGUUGAAAAUCGCAAGUUUAAUUAAUAGCCUUCAUUCCGAGUGACACUAAUUGCGUCAAAAGUGGUUAAUUUCUAUAUCAGCCCGCGUUUUAUCCGAAUUCAAGUCAACUUGUUGUUCCGUGACUGAGACGUAGUCGCAUCAAGGUUUAGAAACAAAGUAAUAGGUCAUCAGUUAAAGGAUUCCCGCCCUAUUGUGCGGAAGCUUGCGGCGGCGAUCGUGUAUGUGGUCCCACCUAGUCUUUACUUUUAUUAAAUACCUACUUGUGACAUUUUAGUAGACUGAAUUUAGCCCUCUUGGCUCAUUAUCCUUAAGCCUCCCCCACAUGUUACAAUUAAGGCUAACGUUUGACUUGGGGUUAGCUGGUUAUGGGUUAAGGGUUAGGGACCGAGUCGCCAAUUAUGUCAAAUGUAACUAUAUCUCUGGUCGCGACCGUCACGAGAUUGAGAUUUAACGAUGUAUUCCUCUCACCUUCCCCUUCGGUGUGGUUGGUCAUUACAGGCUGGAAUCAGUUCGCCUGAAAUAUGCUACCAACACCUUCAACUUUUAUCCUUUCCACCUCUUUAAAGCUCCCAAUUUCCGGCAUUUCAAAUUGCACGUCUGCAUUCUUGCGCCUUGUUUGCUCAUUUGAACAAGCCAAUGGCGGAAAUGGGAUUUUUUCCUUAUGCCUCCCGAAAACGACUGUUUGUCAGUUUGCAUUUACCCACCCAUAAAACCCUCAUUACCUCGACCUCCGUAUCACGAGAGUCCUCGCCUGCCGUUUCCCCAAUGAAACCACAUAUCCAAUCGUCACGGAAGCCUACUUCAAUCCUCUUUAUCCCCUCCGCCAUUUUUUGUAGGUGCGUGAGCCUCUAGAUGAUAUGCUGAAGGAGUGCGACCGUGUUCAUCUCUCCUCCUCUGUCCUCGAGCCGGAGAUUCGAGCUCUUGAACCUCUGCCUGGGGUUUGUAAAAACUUGAAAAUUUGUCUUUUUGUUUCAUGCUGAUGCCAUCAAUGAUGGUAGUUAGUUCAUCUUGCCCGACACUGGACAUUUUCAUCAGAUUGCGGCUAGUGUAGUCUCAGUGUUCUGGUGGGUUGGUAACGUUGUCGGUGUUUUAUUGGAUACGAGGGAGUGUCCAACUAGACCAAUUUUUUGUCCGAAAUGAGCUUUUGAAUGCUUAAUUCGCUGGGGUCGUUCGGUCACUACUGGUAGGUGAUGGUCCUGUCACGUGGGCGAUGCGCCGAACCAGUACGCGGACCAGCUCAGGGUAUGGCACACGUAAUUUGGUUCACGCGUUCGUAACUGUGCCGCACUUGGGGGUCUUGUUGGCACGCCUAAGCACAUGCUCUCGCCGCGCCAGCCACCUGAUCCCAAUCUCCGCAUUAAUUGACUGACCGACAUGGACGGUGAACUGCCGCCUGGGAGACGGAAGAGAGUAAGGUUGACUCUGGAGACUGCGUCCCCACUGCACUCAACACACAUUCCUCACUACAAACCAUUUGACGCGCUUUUAAACUCGGUGCGCGCCUCUUCAAUGCAGCAAGUAGGUGGUCUUUCCCACGCGAGACAAAAUCCAUAACUGUUUUCCCCUCCUCUUGCCGUAAAACCUGCUAUAGCAGUUUGCUCCAACCGUUUCCUCUAUUUAUCCAUGUUUGUAGCAGUCCGCGUCGGACACGACCAACCAGAAUGUUUCCAAUUUCGACAAGGGCUCCUGGGCCAACGACGGCAAACGAGGUGCCUCUGCCCUUACGCCCGUUGAGAGUACAGUAACCAUUGUCCUGGGCGGUGAACAGAACUCCUCGGCGUCCGUGCCGAAGGAACGGCCGGUCUGGAUGCUUGAGAGUACCAUAAAUACCGGGUUGGGUGCGGGUGAGUGCACUGGCCACACGAAUCCUUUUGUGUCAUGUCUUGCUGAUAAAAAUGAACGUCUACUUAAAUUGAAUAAGUAGGUAUUUAUAGUAAUUAAGACCGGGGGUCACUACCUGGCCUUUCUGCUGUUUCCGCCAGGUCUGGGCGAACUGGACCGCGGCGGGGGUACCGCCAGUGCUGCUGAGUCGGCAGGCUCCUCCGCGAAUGUCGACCCGAUAACACAGACUCUGGCGCCCGGGCGCGUGCCCACUGCCCUGCAUUCCACUCCCGACAGCACAGACAACACCAGCACAGCCGGCAGCGGUUCCUCCCAGCAGACUGCCGGCUCCUCGGCCGCCAGCAACAUCAUGCAGCUGUUAAUUGUCCAUGAACGUCGCGGUCUCGGCAGCCAUGGUCCCAAAUCCGCUCAGAGUGAGUUAUAUUGCCGUCAAUGUAACCACCAUCACUGUUUUGCUGUGCAUUUUGACAAUAUAUGAACCCGAAGAUGCUGGUAAUAUUUUCAUAUUGACCCGACUGUGAAAAACUCGUCGCCUCGGUGGGAUUUGAACCCACGCAGUAAGGGGAAGGCUUUAGUACAGCCAGCGCUCUAACCACUUGAGCUACGAGGCUCCGCCGGACGACGCGAGUUUAAUCACAUUCGGGUCAAGUUACCCGCCCAACUGACUCUUGUUCGUGUCAGCCACUACGGCCAUAAGACUCGGGCAGCUCACUGGUGCAUGGGAGAGUUGGAAAUAGGAGUACGCGUCCCACUGCAAUCAGUCAGCACGCAUGUGACUGAUGAAUAGGCCAUGUGUGGCACGCGUAGACGGGCUGUUUGGCCUUGUCAGCUCGCACUCUGUCUUGCUGUCCGAACGCAGUGUGCAUAUGUGAAGGGUGGGUGCUGGGUGAAUCCAACGCAUGUCCGCUUCACCAUAGGUGAUUUUACCCCGAAGUUACGGCCGCGGCCACUUCGUGGAACAGUUGCGCCCCACGUCGCCCGAGCUAUCCAUAAUGCAAUAGGCACCUGACCCUGCUUGCCCCAUUUGUUAAUAAUGCUGGAACAGGUGAGUUAUUUACCCGAUGUUUCGGAUUUGUACUGAAGCCUAUCACAAUGACACUCAGGACUUUUUACGAUUCUGGGACUCCACCAACAUCUCUUGGGCAGUAGUGAUUGAACCUCCUAAGCCGUUACACAAUCUUGUUUUUGAUUAUUUUUGCUAAAAAAAACUUACAAUUUUUGUCUUGUAUAUGUCCGCACAAACUACCCUCCUCUCGUCCAUUCCCCCCUACACAGAUCGAACUUCAAGCACCCCGACCAAUGCAAAAACCUCAUCUUCAUCCUCCGCUGGGGCCAAUCUCGCCAAAAAUGGGCAGUCCACAGCUUCAGGUAUUACUGCCUGUGACAUCUGCUUCCCAAUUCUUCUUUUUUUCUGUCAGCCUGUCGCCUAACGAUAUAGACAGGGGCACCGGGACGUCGUCGCCAUCAGCCAGGUAUGCCCCUACCAAGAGGAAACCUUGAACUGAACCGACAGCUGCGCCGCGAACCAGCUCGCUGCCGAGUUGUUCAAAGUUGGAUUGGCCAAUGUGGUGAUAUACCAACUAUCUCACUUAGUUCAGGGGUCUACUGGAUGUCAACUCCUUUUUACACGGUUACCUACCACCGAUCGUUCUCCUACAUAGAGUCGAGUACGGUUUUCGCAGCAUUAUUCCGCGGAUUUCAUGCAAUUGUGAGCACUUUAUGAGCUGACAGUGACACGGCUUCCAGCCUGGGGGAAGGGUCGAAGUGAACCAGUGCUUCGCCAUUAACAAGGCUUUGCUACUCACACGGCCUUUUUGAUUAAGUAAUUGACGCUAUUAAAGCUGCGGACGAGGCAGAGAUUUUCUGUCUGUAACUCUAAGGAAUCGCAGUGUCUCCUUUGUACUCACACGCCCGUCUCCAGCUGUAUCGAUUGAGGCUGUUUCCCUCUCCUCCGGCCAUGGCUAUGUUCGGUUUGGGAGUUUGGGCGGGGUGGCCUCUGAUGUGCGGUUUGUUUCUCCAAAGAACCCAGGAUGAGCGCACCGCAGUCAGAUUGGGGUUUGAGAGCACUCAGGCUUCCUCUUGUUGUGAUGGGAGGAGGAGUCACGAACGGGCGACCGCUUGCCGGGUCGCAGGGCAGUUGCAUGAACUAUGCCGUCAAAUACGGCGGCGAACUGAAAGAGUGUACCUGUGGGAAGUCAAAACUUGUUUACAACUGGCUCUCCCUUGCUUGCUCAACCGUUUAGGCUAUGGUUUCCUCUUGAUCUCUCUAAAAUCCAGUUCAUCUGCAGGUCGUCAUUGUUUCCCGAAACAGUGGCUGAUAGUAUUCCCCGCGUUAGACGGCAAACCGCUGACCGCUAGUUCGAUCAUUCACAUCGUGCAUAAAGGGACGCUGACCGACCGGAGUGCAGUCUCGGGUGGACCCUGGUUGGGCCGCGCGUUAUGCAUGCCUGAUGACCGUUUGCCUCUUCGGGCGCUCUGGCGGGAGCGGCGCAGAUGAAGAGCAAAGCGUUUCUCGCCUUGUGUCCUGUCGGAAUGGCUUGCUCCCCUGGUUCCCCACUGGUACUUCGCCUCAGCCGCAAAUGCCCGGAAACCCUCUUCCGCCCUACCCUACCUCACCCCGUUUUUUUUUCUGGCAGGUGGUGAAGCGGGGAAACGUGAGGACACCAAGUCGGCCUCUGGUUCUCUUUCCACCUCCUCGGCCGGUGGCACUGCUGCAGACUACACUGUCACCGUGAACGGCAAGCAGAUGUCCUACACGGAGGUCACUCCAGCCAUGGUGAGAAGCAUGACUUCUGAGGAACGCAGCGAGUACAUCCGAGUGGGCAAGAGGUAUCACAGCGACGUUGUUUUUGACUAA